AUGGCAGACCCGUUUUCCGUCGCUGGCAGCGCUGUAGGAAUCGUGUCACUGGGUCUCACAACCGCCCAAGGCCUCAUACAGUAUUACCAAGCAUAUCGUGGUCAAUCUGAGGAUGUCGCCCACACUACCAUGAAGCUUAAACGCCUCUUGGAUCUGCUAGAGAACUUGCAAAUCUCGCUCAGCAAUGGAAAAUCCCACACCAAAGACGGUGAUCUUCUGGAUAAAGUGAAUUCAUAUGUGGAAGAUUCCUACGAGUCCAUUCAGGAACUGGAAGAGCAGUUGGUCAAGGUCAGGAAAACGUCUGAUUGCGAUGUGAUUGCGAGCUUGCGUGGUUUAGGCCGCCGACUUGUUUAUCCGUUGAGAAAAAGCACACUGCAAAAGCUUGAGAGUGACAUUGAUGACUCAAUGCAUGUUAUAUCGCUUGCAUUACAGCUUCUUCAAAAUGGAAAUUUGAACAGAAUGCAGGAUGAUGUAGCAGCAUUGCUGAACCUUGUUGCGGCCACUUCUGUCAGUAGUGACAUUCGGUCCUGGAUUAAUGCUCCAGACGCCAGCAUCAAUUUCAAUGAGGCUGCUAAGAAAAAGCACCGUGGCACAGGCAGCUGGUUUGUUGAUGGAUCACAAUUCCAAGACUGGUUAGAGAAGCCGGCUUCUUUCCUCUGGGUUGUCGGCUUCGCUGGCUGUGGCAAGUCUGUUUUGAUGACAACUAUCAUCGAGCAUACGCAGCGUCAUCGUCAGUCUAAACAAGGAACCGGUAUUGCUUUCUUCUUCUUUACUUUCAACGAUGAAGCCAAACAAAGCUGCUCAGCUAUGCUUCGCUCCAUCAUCCUGCAGUUAUCCAGCCAACUCGAUCAGAAGGAUGAUCCUCUUUCCAAGCUAUGGAGGUGUUCUCAGUCACACUUUCCCACCGAUCAGGCCCUCUUAGAAUGCGUGCAUGAACUUGUGCUCUGUUUCAAAGAUGAUGUUUACAUUUUACUCGAUGCUUUGGAUGAAAGUCCUUCGGGCGAAUACCGAGAUGAGGUCCUGGAUAUUCUAGCCGAGAUAAAAGACUGGGACGAGCCUCAAUUGCAUCUCAUCGUAUCCAGUAGAGACUAUUCUGAUAUCCGUACAUCGAUUCUCAAUACAUCAUCCGAUGAAACUAUGAUAAAGAUGAGAAAUGGAUCGAUUGACGAGGAUAUCAGCAACUUUAUAUGUCAACAUCUCCGUACCCACCAGAGGUUCCGAAAGUGGAAUGGCCACUAUGAUCAGAUCGAAGUCGCCCUCGUCGAUGGGGCUCAAGGCGUUAGUCGAUUCAUGGUCUGA